AUGGUGAGCCUGAAAGCAGUCCAAGCCCACAAUGCGACUCUCAAGUCCCUGGGAGCAGGUCUGGUCGGGGUAUUUGUGGGCGGUACGUCCGGAAUAUCUCUCUCUACAGCCCUCGCCUUCGCGCGAUACAGCCUGUCGCCGAAGAUCUACCUCAUCGGCCGCAAUCAGUCGGCUGCCGACGAUGCCAUAACCUCCAUAAGAAGCAUUAACCCUUCCGCCAAAACGACCUUCCUGCAGUCGGACAUUUCUCUGCUGAAGAAUGUUGAUCGCGUCUGCGCCGACAUCGCCGCAUCCGAACGAAAGGUCAAUCUUCUCUUCAUGACACCAGGGUACAUGACGCUGAAAGGCCGCGACGAGACCGCCGAGGGCCUGGACCGCAAGUUCGUUUUGCAUUAUUACGCUCGCAUGCGUUUUGUCAUGGGAUUGAUGCCACUAUUGGAAGCUGCUGCUAAGCCCCCGGUUGGAGCGGGCGAUCACAGUACUGCUAAUGCGCAACUAUCGCGUGUUGUCUCCGUGCUAGAUCCGCACGUUGCCGUCCGUCUCGGUGGCUCUGGUGUGCUCGAUUACUCGGACCUCAGUUUGGCAAAGAAUUUCAGUUUGCAGAGAUGCGGCGCGCAUGCUAGCCUAAUGGGAAAUUUUUUCCUAGAGGGCAUGGCGCGGCAACAUGUGCAUACAUCGUUUGUGCACGCUUAUCCGUCCGGCGUGGAUACUGGCAUAUUCCGCGAGUUGACGGGCGGGCGGGUAUUGGCCGCAGUUUUGAGACCGCUACUAUGGCCGUUCAUGGUACCGAUUGAAGAGAGCGGAGAGAGGCAUUUGUUUGCGGCGACCAGUCCAAGAUUUGCAUCAAAUGCCAAGGGGAAGAUAUGGGAAGAGGGCGAUGAUGUGGCAGUUGGAAGCGAUGGGGUCAUGGGGAGUGGGUGCUACUGGGUGAGUUGGAAUGGCGAGGUUUUUCCUGCGAACAAAAAAUUGGAGAAAACAAGGGAAGAGGGUGCGGUUGAGAAGGUGAUUCAGCAUACAAAAGAGGUAUUUAAACGAGUAUGUGAAGAGGGAAAGACAUACGCAUAA